GGGAGGGAGACGGACAGGCGGCUGAAAGCAGCACCACACUGCGGGGGAGGGACCGCUGAGCUCCCGCUGCACAUUCACGCUCCUGCUUCCCCUCCAGCACGUUACAUCAGAUGUUUCAUCGCCGGCUUUGACAAGACAUGAGCAGCCGACACGGAAACCCUCCGGACUGAGAGACCGACCGUGAGGCUGAGUUGAACCCCCCCGGACUGCGUGGCUGAUACACGCCGUGAGACGCGCUACCUGGCCGGGCGUGAGGAGGCGAGACGCGCCGGUCUACCUCCCUCCAUCUGGACCUUCAAGAAAGGUGGAUUUAGAGACACUGGGUGCCUUACUUUGUUUUGUAGGACUUCUUCAAAUCGCUCAUUCACAUCUUUGAGGAUGGAUCUCGCCCCAGUCUCCAUCGUCUUGUGCCUGCUGGCUGUAUGCGUGUGCGCGGAUAAAGCUAAGAGCUGCGCCGAGGUUCGCCAGUUCUACAGCGGCAAAGGCUUCACGCUCAACGGGGUGCCUCACUCAGAAAUAUCCGGUGAGCAUCUGCGAGUGUGUCCGCAGGGAUACACCUGCUGCACCAGUGCCAUGGAGGAGACCCUGUCCAACCUGAGCCGCAGGGAGUUCGAGGGGCUGGUCAGAGAGGCCGGACGCUCCAUCCAAGCUUCACUCAAUGCCCAGUACAGGAGCUUUGACACAUAUUUUCUGGAGCUCCUGAACGGAUCUGAGCGCUGGCUGGAGGAAGCUUUCGUUAAAGCUCUGGGUACUGUGUAUGGGCCCAAUGCGGGAGUCUUCCGAGACCUCUACUCAGACCUGCGGCGGUACUACAGGGGUGCGGCGCUGAACCUGGAGGAGGCGCUGGAUGAGUUCUGGACGCGUCUGCUGGAGCGUCUGCUGAAGGCCUCCGACCCGGCUGCUGCCUCCCUCAUCUCAGACGACUUCCUGGAGUGCGCGUCCAAGCAGACCGAGACGCUGCGUCCGUUCGGUGAGGCUCCUCGCGAGCUGAAGGGCCGGCUGGUGCGCGUGUUCAUCACUGCCCGCACCUUUGUCCAGGGCCUGAACAUGGCCGGAGAGGUCGUGAGGAAGGUUUCUCAGGUCCCUCUGACCCCUGAGUGUAACCGUGCCAUUAUGAAACUGGUGUACUGUCCGCACUGCCGCGGCCUGGGCUCGGUCAAACCCUGCGCCAACUACUGCAAAAACGUCAUGAAGGGCUGUCUGGCUAACCAGGCUGAUCUGGACACAGAGUGGCAGAAUCUCGUGGACACUAUGCUGCAGGUGGCCUCUAGCUUUGGCACAGAGCCAAGCAUGGACAUUAUUCUCCACUCGAUUCCCGUACGCAUCUCCGAGGCCGUGCUCCACAUGCAGGAGAACAUGGAGCUCUACACCAGCAAGGUUUUCCAGGCUUGCGGGGACCGUGGAGAGGACGGCACACAGAGCUCAGUGUCUGAGGAGCCCAAAAAGAAGGAAAGCACAGUGACGCCGCUGGAGUACAAACCCAGCUCCACAGCUGCGGUCAGACUGGAGGUGCAGGUCUCAGACGUGUCCAGUAAACUGAAGGAGAUGCAGCUGUACUGGAUCCAGCUGCCUUCUGCUCUCUGCAACAGUAAAGCAGCAUCUGGCUCCUCCAAUGAUGACAAGUGCUGGAACGGCAUGGCCAAAGCCAGGUACCUGCCUGAGAUCAUGGGAGAUGGUCUGGCCAAUCAGAUCAAUAAUCCAGAGGUGGAUAUCGACAUCACCAAGCCAGACAUGACAAUACGACAACAGAUCAUGCAGCUGAAGGUCAUGUCUAAUCGUCUGAAAAACGCCCUCAACGGCAAUGACGUGGAUUUCCAGGACACAAGUGAUGACAUCAGCGGCUCCGGAAGCGGAAUGUGCAUUGAGCCGUCCUGUGUCCAAGGCGGGCCACCAGCAUUUGGCCCAAAACAAGACCGAGCAAAACUGGACGCCUACGGCCCAGAGAACAAAAAAGUGAAAGGCUCUGGACGUCAGAUUCAGCCCUGCAUCUCCUUAAUCCUGCUGCUGCUCAUCAGCCUCCUCCUCAGACGGUAAUGGAAACACAGUGCUGCCAAACUG